AUGUCGACCUUGCUGGAGAUCAAGAGCAGUGUGCUCAGGCAGGUGCAGGUGUGCCCGUCCUUCCUCCGCAGGACCGAGCAGGAGCCGGGGAGCACCAGCGCCGACCCGCAGGAGCCCACCACGGGGGCCUGGAAACCUGGCGAUGGCGUGGAGUUCUUUGCCCAGAUGCGCCUCAUCCUGAAGAAGGGGGAAGGCAGACAGGGCCUGCCGAGCCCCGAGGUGAGCACCCCUCCCCCAGGGCCCAGGCGCCAGGUCCUCUUGCGCAGUGAUUCACCAGCCCCCGCUGAGCCCGUGGACCCCAACCGCGGCCUGAGAGCCCUGACCCAGGAAGAGGUGGACAUGCUCUAUGAGGAGGCCUUGUACACCGUCAUCUACCGUGCAGGGACCAUGGGCCCUGACCAGGUGGACGACGAGGAUGCCCUACUGGGCUACCUACAGCAGGCGUUCGGCACCAGCCCAGAGGAGCACUCCAGGGCCGUCAAGUGUGUGAAGCGAGCCAAGGCCCCCACGUAUGCCCUGAAGGUCUCCGUCAUGCGUGCCAAGAACCUUCUGGCUAAAGACCCCAAUGGCUACAGUGACCCGUACUGCAUGCUGGGUAUCCUGCCAGCCUCGGGCGCCCCGCGGGAGCCUGGCGAGCAGAAGGACCAGCGCUUCAGCUUCCGCAGGGGUGGCAAGCGCAGUGGCCCACUGCUGGCCAAGUGUAUCCAGGUCACUGAGGUCAAGAGCAGCACCCUGAACCCCGUCUGGAAGGAGCACUUCCUCUUUGAGAUCGAGGAUGUCAGCACAGACCAGCUGCACCUGGACAUCUGGGACCACGACGAUGACGUUUCCCUGGUAGAGGCGUGCAGGAAACUGAAUGAAGUCAUUGGCCUGAAGGGCAUGAGCAGGUACUUCAAACAGAUUGUGAAGUCAGCCCGUGCAAAUGGGACAGCAGGGCACAACGAGGACCACACUGAUGACUUCCUGGGGUGCCUGAACAUACCUCUCCGGGAGGUGCCCGUGGCUGGCGUCGACCGCUGGUUCAAGCUGGAACCGCGUUCCAGCGCCUCCCGCGUGCAGGGAGACUGCCACUUGGUCCUCAAGCUCAUCACCACGCAGAGGGACACGGCCAUGAGCCAGCGCGGGCGAUCCGGAUUUCUGUCCCACCUGCUGCUGCUGAGCCACCUGCUGCGCUUCGAGCACCGAGCGGAGGAGCCUGACUCGAGCAGCUGGCGCGGCGAGUUCAGCGCCCCGGCCGCCACAGUCCUCUGCCUGCACGGGGCCCAGAGCAACCUGUCGCCGCUGCAGCUGGCGGUUCUGCACUGGCAGGUCAGCAGCCGUCACCAUCAGACCCGUACGCUGGACUACGGCUACCUGCUGGGGCUGCUGGAGGACAUGCAGGCGCACUGGGAGGAGGCGGCCUCGCUGCCGCAGGAGCAGGAGGAAAGCCUGGCUGACAGCUUCUCCGCCUUCUCUGAGUUCGGGUUGUGUCUGCUGCACCAGCUCCGAGACUACUUCCCUGCCUCCAACAGCACAGCCGUCUACCGCUUGGAGCUGCUGCUGAGGUGUCUCAGCAAGCUGAAGCUCUUCCAGCCCUCCUUUGAGAUCUGCCCCUUCCAGUCAGAGCUGAACAUGGACAUUGCUGCCACCCUGAAGAGAGGCAACCGCGAGUGGUAUGAAAGACUGUUGGAUGCCAAGAGCCCUCGAGAGCAGCCAGGGCCACAGCGCCUCGCCGGGCUUGUUGAGCUGGCAGAUGCCGUCUACGACGACCUGCAGUCCUGCUACAGCAUCUACGCCAGCCUCUUCCACAGCAUCCUCAAGGUGGACUUCUUCACUCUUACCUUCCGGCAGCUGGAGCGUCUGGUGGCCGAGGAGGCCUGGGUGCUGACAGAGGAGCUGAGCCCCAAGAUGACCCUGGAGGUGGCCUCAAGGCUCUUUGAGCUCUACCUGACCCUGGCAGACACUCAGCGCUUCUGGAGCAGCAUCCCCGGCCGGGACAGCCGCUCCCUGGCCCUGGCUGGCAUUCAUGUCCCAUUCCUGCCCGCCGUGAAGCUCUGGCUGCAGGUGCUGCGGGACCAGGCCAAGUGGCGGCUUCAGGGAGCCGUGGAUGUGGACACACUGGAGCCCAUGGAUGCCUCUUCCAAGCACAGCAGCUCUGCAGUCACUGCUGGUCUUUGCUUUAGCCACAUCCAGGAGCUCUGGGUCCGCCUGGCAUGGCCCGAUCCCACUCAGGCCCAGGUGCUGGGCAUCCAGCUCAGUCAGGACGUGUGUGAGGCCACUCUCUUCUACACCGAGCUGCUGCGGAAGAAGGUGGAUGCUCAGUCCGGAGCAGCGGGAGAGGCAGUGAGCGAGCCACUCUGUGUGGUCCUCAAUGAUGUGGAGCUGGUGCACAAGGCUGCUGAGCAGGCGCUGAGGGGCCUGGCGUGGCCGGAGGGGGCAUCAGGGUUGGAGGGGGUGCUUCCCCGUCCCCUACUCAGCUGCUUGCAGACCCUGGAUGAGGACCUGCAGAGGGAGGCCCGCACGGUGACAGCGCACCUGACCUCCAGGAUGGUGGGCGACAUCAGGAAGUACAUGCAGCACAUCAGCCUCUCUCCUGACUCCAUUCAGAACGAUGAGGCCAUGGCCCCACUCAUGAAGUACCUGGAUGAGAAGCUGACCCUGCUGAAUGUCUCCCUGGUGAAAGAGAACCUCAGCAGAGUGCUGGAAGCCCUGUGGGAGCUGCUCCUGCAAGCUAUCCUGCAGGCACUGGGCACAAACCGCGACGUCUCCGCUGACUUCUAUGGCCGCUUCCACUUCACGUUGGAGGCCCUGGUCAACUUUUUUCAUGCUGAGGGCCAGGGCCUGCCCCUGGAGAGCCUAAGGGAUGGAAGCUACAAGAGGCUGGAGGAGGAGCUGCGGCUGCAUAAAUGCUCCACCCGUGAGUGCAUCGAGCAGUUCUACUUGGACAAGCUCAAGCAGAGAUCCCUGGAGCAGAAUCGGUUUGGGCGCCUGAGCAUCCGCUGUCACUAUGAGGUGGCUGAGCAGCGGCUGGCUGUAGAGGUGCUACACGCCGCUGACCUGCUCCCCCUGGAUGCCAACGGCCUGAGUGACCCCUUUGUGAUUGUGGAGCUGGGCCCACCGCACCUCUUCCCACUGGUCCGCAGCCAGAGAACCCAGGUCAAGGCCCGGACGCUGCACCCCGUGUAUGAUGAGCUCUUCUACUUCUCCGUGCCCGUAGAGGCGUGCCGCCGCCGUGGAGCCUGCGUGCUGUUCACGGUCAUGGACCACGACUGGCUGUCCACCAACGACUUUGCUGGGGAGGCGGCCCUUGGCCUGGGUGGUGUCAGCGGCGUCACACAGCCUCAGAUGGUAGGGGGCGCAAGGGCUGGGCAGCCUGUCACCCUGCACCUGCGCAGGCCUAGAGCCCAGGUGAGGUCUGCGCUGCGGAUGCUGGAAGGCCGCACCAGCAGGGAGGCGCAGGAGUUCGUCAAGAAACUCAAGGAGCUGGAGAAGUGCAUGGAAGCAGACCCCUGA